AUGGCUACUCAAGCCCAGGGCUUCGGCUCAAGGAGGUCAAACCUGCAAGAGGAUGAGAGCACAAGGAUUGGAGAUUUCAGGAAACUGGAGAAUAUCGGCAAGGGAAGCUUUGCCAUCGUCUAUCGUGGAGAGCAUGUUGUACGUAGGGAGAUGAAGCCCGACCCAAAACAGCUUGCUUUGAAAAACAGAGCCCUCGUGGCCAUCAAGUCCGUCCAUCUUCAAAAGCUGAAUCGCAAGCUUAGAGACAAUCUUGUCACCGAGAUCAAUAUUCUACGAAGCCUCCAACACCCGCAUAUUGUCGCCCUAAUUGACUGUCAAGAGUCCCCGAAGUUCAUGAAUAUCGUCAUGGAGUUCUGCGAACUGGGUGACUUGUCGAAUUUCAUCAGAAAGAGGCAUCAUCACAUAGAGCAUCCUGCUACAAAGGAUAUGGUGACAAAAUAUCCAUGCCCACCAGCAGGCGGCCUGCAUGAAGUAGUCGCUCAUCAUUUCAGCAAACAAAUAGCUAGUGCUCUCGAAUUCCUUCACGCCAAAAACUUCAUUCAUCGAGAUUUGAAACCACAAAACCUCCUACUAAACCCGUCGCCGCGCUAUUAUCAUCAGUACAAGCCAACCGAGAUGCCUUACAUGCCCACGAAGAACUCCCUUGUUCCUGCCACUGGUGUCGAAUCACUCCCCAUGUUGAAGGUGGCCGAUUUCGGGUUCGCUCGGUUUCUUCCCCAGACGUCACUAGCAGAGACAUUGUGUGGGUCUCCGCUGUAUAUGGCCCCUGAAAUAUUACGUUACGAGAAAUACGAUGCGAAGGCCGAUCUGUGGUCUGUUGGAACUGUCAUGUACGAGAUGAUGGUUGGUAAGCCUCCUUUCAAGGCUAACAACCACGUGGAAUUGCUCAAGAAAAUUGAAAGGCAAGAAGAUCGAAUCCGAUUCCCUGAAGACCUUAUCAUCGGCACACAGAUGAAGACGCUGAUUAGAGCUCUUCUAAGACGGAAGCCGGUGGAAAGGAUCGGGUUCGAAAGUUAUUUCGAUGAUCCACUGAUCAGAGGUCCCAUCCCAAAUCUUGUUGGUGAUGACAGACCGGCAUCCGAGCGUGAGACGACACCCCCGCCCGAUUCAAAAGUUGGUACACGAGCAGAGCAGAAAAGACCGUCGACAUCCUCUAGAGCACCGAGUGAUCUUCGUCGACAGAGCCUUGAUCAUACACAUCCAAAAGGUCCGCAAGGUCAGGCCGUUGUCGGCUCGGCUCCAACGUCACGGCCGAGCUCGAGAGCAACUACAACCACAAAGGCACCUCGCCGGUUGAGCUAUACGCCUACGCCAGACGCAGACCUAGCUCGACAACAACAGCGCCGGCCGAUAAUGACAAGUCAUCCAACCGCACCGGCUCGGCAGACGGUGCCUUCUCGGCCUGCUUCUCAAAACAUGGACAGGCAUAGUGGCAGAAAUUCUGUAUCGCCUACUUCAUCUGUACAUUUGAAAGAACAUCUCGAUGCCCAGCGGAUCCCGCGUGGUGCUGAAGACAGAAGCCAACGUGAUGGCAGGGAUCGCACUGACCAGGAAAUUGCCUUUGAAAGAGAAUAUGUCAUGGUUGAAAAAAGAAGUGUCGAAGUGAACGCGCUUGCUGAUGAGAUGGCGGCCACUCCAGGGGGCAGACCGAACUCACAGCACAAUGCAAUGGUUCGUCGGGCCACAACUCAAGGAUCGCCUACUUCGACAACUGGAGCUCAUGUCUUACCGUCACGAGCCAUUUCCAUAGCACAAGGCAAGAGUCGGCCAGACUCGACUCAUGCACGGACUGGCUCGUACGAACGUAGAUAUGGACGCAUUCCCGGAUCAGUCUCAUCGGCGAUCUCAAACGCCCUCAACGCAGUUGCUUUGCGCUCUGGCAUGGGUUUGUCGCCUCCUCUGGGAACUGGACCAUCUCCACCAAAGGGAUAUGCUGGAUUCCCGUCUUACCCAACUGCGCAAAGCAGCAUCUUGAUGAUUGGAGAUGCAGUGAGGACUAGCGAUCCCAAGGAUGAAGAGAGCAAGACACUGAAAUUCGUCGAGGACCUCGCGCACCGAAGCAAUGUUGUCUACGGAUUCGCCGAAGUGAAGUACAAGCAGCUUAUUCCAGCGACACCGAGUGAAGGGCUUGGUAUCGCGAACAAGACAGCCACCAACAAUUACGAAGAUGAUGACGAUGACCUGACAGUCGAUGCAACUAUGACUAUAUCCGAGGAAGCCCUUGUACUCUACGUCAAGGCUGUUGCUAUCUUGGGCAAGGGCAUCGACAUUGCCGGCUCAUGGUGGCUUCGUCGCAAUCGUUUGGGCGAUCGUUCUUCGCCUUCAAAUGCAUCAGCCAGUGCUCAACGAUUGACUCAUGUUGUCCAAUGGCUCCGUAGCCGCUUCAACGAGUGUAUUGAUAAAGCCGAGUUCUCUGCUCGCAAGCUAGUCGAAGCUCAGAAGGCUUUACCGUCUGAUCACCAUCUGCAUCCAAGCAAUCGUCCAGCUGCGUCUGGCUCUUCCACCAGUAUUGGUUCCACCGAAAAUAUAUUUCUUCCAACCGGUGUGACUGCGGAGAAGCUCAUGUAUGAUCGAGCAAUUGAAAUGAGUAAAGCAGCGGCUGUCAAUGAGCUUGUCGGCGAAGACUUGCCUGGCUGCGAGCUUAAUUAUGGAACUGCCAUUCAGAUGCUUCAAGCAAUCCUCGAUACGGAGGAUGAAAGUGCUGACAAGUCGGAUGAGAAUAAAAGUCACAAGUCAGAUGCCGAUACUUCAAGUAGCCUUGAGUUGGAGGACAAAGAGGCCAUCAAGAAACUCAUUGAUAGUAUGAAAUCUCGACUGAAGACGCUACGCAAGAAGAUCGAAAUACAGAAGGCUCAGAAACGUGCCAGUCUCUCUGCACCAAGAAGACCUUCAUCAAACAGCUCGCCAUCCACGACACCCAAUACGGGUACCACACCUGCACAGCGCUGA